AUGGGCUACCAUGAGUCGUACGCAAAAACCCCUGUCGGCAAGAAAUGGAGUUACACAAGCUCCUACCACUACGAUCUCACUCCGACAGAAAAACUACUGAAAUACUCCAACUUUAUCUUCGCUUUCGCCAUUAUCUACGUUUCUAUGACCUUUGUAUCAGUUAUAGUUCAAGGAGCAGGAGUUGGAAUUGCAGUUGAGCAGAUUAGCACAUUAAAAGACGGGGUCAACAGAACAUUUUAUGAGAUGGUAGAGAAUUACGCAGAUUACAACUUUGAAGAAAACUCGACAGCUCCAAUAGACUACAUGCAGUCUACUUUGGAGUGUUGUGGGCUUUAUGAAGGUUACGGAGAUUGGAAUGCGACCUCCAAAUUAGCUACUGAGUGGAUCAAACUGCACGCUAUUGAUACUCCUGACUCGUGCUGUAUAAAGGACAAGAUCAAGACUCGGUGUGGUUUUGGACAGGCAAGACCUUUAGAAAACUCGAAAGACAGAAUAGUAUAUAAGACGGGCUGUGCUGACAAGUUUUACAGCUGGAUUGACGGUAAAGUGAGCAGUGUGACAGUUAUUGCUAUAGCUAACAUUGUCUGCCAGCUGACGAGCGCUACUUUCCUCUUCCUGCUCCGACAAAGUAUGCAGGUCAUCACUUUUUAA